AUGCGCGAGAUUCUCGAAGCUGUUGACCACAUCCACUCGAGGGGUCUCAUCCACCGGGACAUCAAGCCAGAAAACAUCAUGUUCCACGACACCUCCAACGAGCCCGCCUCACCAAAGACGCCGGCGAGCAAGAAGGCCGUGAAGUUGAUCGACUUCGACACAUGCCAGGAGUACGAGCCGAAAAGUCCACGAGCGAGGCAUAUCGUGGGCACUCUGGGAUACUUGGCUCCGGAAGCCUUGCAGGGCGACUACUCCCCGGCGCCAGGGCACCCAAAAGGAGAUGGGAUGAUUUUCAGAGCUUUUGGCUUCGAGGUUCUGCUUCGAGCAGGUGUUUGUGGGUUGCUGCCUUCCUUCUGCUAA